AUGGAGUGGACCACCUUGCUUCGAAGCCAACCGGCGCUGUCUUCGUCUCCUCCGUUGGCGGAGCGAGCGAGCUCGAAUGUGGCGUGCGUGCCGUACCAGGGCGCGCCGGCCACCGGCGGCAAGUGCGACUACGUCAUCCUGCCAGCCGCUUCGCCCUACCCGGCCAACAUUCUCCUCCGUAAUGCCACCUAUGCUGAGCUGGACGAAGAGGUCGGGGCCAAGACGGUGCUGAUGGGCGCCUUCUUUCCGCCCGAGUGCCGCAACCCGCUGCUGGCGCUCACCUGCAUGGGCUCCUUCACCCACUGCCGCUUUUCUACCGUGCCCAGCUUUGAUGUGUAUCCACCGUGCAGGUCGGUGUGCGAAGCUGUUCUGUUGGGUUGCACGGCGUUCUUUGAGUCGCAGGGCAUGACGAGCCAGCUGCCGGAUUGCGACAUGACCGACAACAGCACCGGCACGGUCGUGCCCGCCUUUCCUCCCGACGGCACGCAGUACAACCGGGACGAGGAGGACUCGUUCGCCGAGUCGGACUACGACGGGCAGGUCAUGUGCGUGAUGCCCUGUCCCAACCCCAUGUGGACCGACAGCGAAUGGAACGGCGGCAUCGUCGCCAUGAUGAUCGUCUCCGGCAUCUCCUUCCUCCUCGCCACCUGCCUCGUGGUGACCCUGUGCAUGCGCCCCAGCAAGCGCCGCUACCCCGGCAUACUCUACAUCUACAUCUCGAUCUGCUCGAUGGCGGUGGCGUUCAUGGUGAUCUUCUUUCCCAUCAUCUCUGGCGGCCCCACGCGCAUGGUGUGCACUCGGGGCGAUCCGCCGGUCGAGGUCACGUUCGACAACGCGCGGGAGCACGACGGAGCGGGAGUGCCGUGCGUGCUGCAGGGCAUGGGCAUCCUCUACUUUGCCUUGGCCGCCAACUUCUGGUGGCUGGCCCUCUGCAUCAAUGUCUUCGAGAUGGUGUUCCUUGGACGCAGCGUGCACGUCGUACGUCAGUGGCACCUCUUCUACCACAUCUUCGCCUGGGGCGCGCCUCUCCUCGGCGUCAUUAUCGUCCUGGCCGGCACCUCAUUCGGCGCGCUCCCGGCGGUCCCGUAUUGCUUCGUGGCCGGCAACGAGUGGUGGCAGUGGACCAUCUUCUACAUUCCGGUCGUUUCGUGUCUGAUCAUCGGCACCAUCCUCAUCAUUGCCUCUGUCAUCCGCUUCAUCCGGGUCCGAUUCCGCUUCAAGGGCCAGGAGGGCCAAAAGAUUGCCCAGACGGCGCGCUUGCUGCUGCUCAUAGUCAUGUAUUGGUUGCUCCUCCUCUACCCUGUGAUCUAUCGCAUCUACACCCGAGCAAGCGAAGACGAGAUCGCCGACGCUGUCGAGCAGCAAGUGACCUGCAGUGCUAACACGGGGACAGCCUGUGAGCAAGAGCAUCGGCUGAACGUUGGGUCGUGGUUCCUCAUGCUCAUUGAUCUGGGCGCACACGGCUUCGUGGUAUUCGUGGGCUGCCUCUCCUGGCCACUCACCCAUCCAACCAACUCGCAGGAGAUGAUCUACUUCUGGUGGCGCGCCAACAAACUCCUGUACACUCGGCCCUGGCGAGAAGCCAUCGCCGAAAUCAAGGAAUUGAUCACGCACGACGAAAGCGCGAGCAGCAGCAGCAGUAGCAGCAGCAAGUUUAGGAUGAGAUCGCAAGUGUCCAAGACUACGACCACGACAAGCAGCACCGACUCGGAUGAGGAGAUCUAG